GGUCUAGAACAGAUGUGGAAAGAUGUUCACUUCAGAGAAAGGGGUUGUGGAGGAAUGGUUGUCAGAGUUUAAGACACUACCAGAAACAUCUUUAUCAAAUUAUGCCACAAAUUUGAAAGACAAGAGUUCUUUAGUUUCAUCUCUGUAUAAAGUUAUCCAGGAGCCACAAAGUGAGUUGCUAGAACCCGUCUGUCACCAGCUCUUUGAAUUCUAUCGCAGUGGAGAAGAGCAGUUGCUUCGAUUUACACUGCAAUUUCUUCCAGAAUUGAUUUGGUGCUACCUUGCAGUCUCAGCCAGCAGAAAUGUGCAUAGCAGUGGAUGUAUCGAAGCUCUUCUUCUAGGGGUUUACAAUUUGGAAAUAGUUGACAAACAGGGACAUAGCAAAGUAUUGAGUUUUACGAUUCCGUCUUUAUCCAAACCAUCUGUAUAUCAUGAACCUUCCAGCAUUGGGUCCAUGGCUCUGACUGAGAGUGCGCUAUCCCAGCAUGGUUUGUCGAAAGUUGUGUACAGUGGACCUCACCCCCAAAGGGAGAUGUUGACAGCACAGAAUAGGUUUGAAGUAUUGACAUUCCUUUUGUUGUGUUACAAUGCUGCCUUAACCUAUAUGCCCAGUGUUUCUCUUCAAUCAUUGUGUCAGAUUUGUUCAAGAAUCUGUGUUUGUGGCUAUCCCCGACAACAUGUAAGAAAAUACAAAGGAAUAAGUAGCAGGAUACCAGUUUCUUCAGGGUUCAUGGUACAAAUGUUAACAGGAAUUUAUUUUGCUUUUUAUAAUGGAGAAUGGGAUCUAGCUCAAAAAGCAUUGGAUGAUAUUAUAUACAGAGCUCAGCUAGAAUUAUAUCCAGAGCCAUUGUUGGUUGCUAAUGCCAUAAAGGCUUCAUUGCCUCAUGGUGCCAUGAAGUCUAGUAAGGAGGGUACAAGGUGUAUUCAAGUUGAAAUCACACCAACUUCCUCUAGAAUAUCAAGAAAUGCAGUAACCAGCAUGUCAAUAAGAGGUCAUAGGUGGAAAAGACAUGGAAAUACAGAAUUAACAGGUCAAGAAGAACUCAUGGAGAUAUCUGAAGUUGACGAGGGAUUUUAUUCCCGGGCUGCGUCUAGUACUAGCCAAUCAGGUUUAUCAAACAGUAGUAACAAUUCUAGUAACAAGACAAGUGUAGGAAAGACUCAGAGACGGUCAGGAGGAAGCAAAACUGGAGGAAAAGAAAAAGAAACCACAGGGGAGUCUUGCAAAGACCACUUUGCCCGAAAACAAACUCAGAGAGCCCAAAGUGAGAAUCUUGAGCUUCUCUCUUUGAAGAGACUGACAUUAACUACCAGCCAAUCUCUGCCUAAACCUUGUAGCCAUGGUUUGGCUAAGACAGCUGCAACUGUAUUCAGUAAAUCCUUUGAACAAGUCAGUGGUGUCACAGUCGCACAUAACCCAUCAUCUGCUGUUGGCUGUGGGCCUGGGACAGAUGCCAAUAGGUUUUCUGCUUGUAGUCUCCAAGAAGAAAAGCUUAUUUACGUUUCUGAAAGGACUGAACUUCCAGUGAAGCAUCCAUCAGGUCAGCAGAGACCUCCUAGUAUCAGCAUUACCUUGUCUACAGAUUAA